GAAGAGAUGCUGGAGUUCAAAGCGCAAUAACGACGUCGUAGGAGAUAUGGGUGUUGGUUUAUAGCAACUCCCCAGCUUCUGUGGCGCACAAUUACUAAUCAAUUCAAGACUCUCUUUUUUUCUUCUUUCCACCAGUUGCUUAGUUGCCAUGGCUAUGGCCUCUGGAAUUCUUUCUUCUAUUCCCUUCUCUCUCUCUAUUCUCUCCUCAUCUUCUACAGAAGGUACGAGCUCAAAGUCUGUGAAGCUAAGAGAUGACUGGAGGCAAAAGUCCAGACCCGUUCCUCCUGGUGGGAUCUACCCAGCCAAGGACCACUGCAGCCGCUGCGGGUUGUGUGAUACAUACUACAUUGCCCAUGUCAAGAAUGCUUGCGCUUUCCUGGGAGAUGGCAUGUCUAGAGUUGAAGUUCUUGAACCAGUCGUUCACGGUCGAGGCAGGAAAAUUGAUUCAUUGGAUGAGACCUAUAUGGGAGUUUAUGAAGAACUACUUUACGCCCGUAAAACCAACCCUGUAGAGGGGGCUCAGUGGACGGGUAUAGUGACGACAAUUGCUAUGGAAAUGCUUAGAAGUGGCAUGGUUGAAGCUGUUGUCUGCGUGCAGAGUGAUCCAGAUGAUAGAUUUACUCCCAGACCUAUCCUGGCAAGGACCCCAGAGGAAGUUCUUGCUGCUAAAGGAGUAAAGCCGACACUGUCUCCUAACCUUAAUACUCUAGCGUUAAUUGAGGCUGCUGGAGUGAAGCGUCUUCUUUUCUGUGGUGUUGGCUGCCAAGUGCAAGCACUAAGAUCAGUCGAGCACCAUCUGAAUCUGGAAAAGCUUUAUGUUCUUGGAACUAAUUGUGUGGAUAAUGGAACAAGGGAAGGCUUAGAUAAGUUUCUAAAGGCUGCUAGUACCGAUCCGGAAACCGUUCUUCAUUAUGAAUUUAUGCAAGAUUACAAGGUUCACUUGAAGCAUUUAGAUGGUCAUAUUGAGGAGGUUCCCUAUUUCUGUCUCCCAGCAAAUGAGUUAACUGAUGUGAUUGCUCCUUCUUGCUACAGCUGUUUCGACUACACAAACGCUUUAGCUGAUAUGGUAGUAGGGUACAUGGGCGUCCCAAAAUAUGCUGGACUUAGCAUGACACAGCAUCCGCAAUAUGUCACUGUUAGAAAUGAACGCGGAAAGGAGAUGCUAAACCUGGUGAAAGAUCUUCUGGAAAUUACCCCCACGAUUAGUUCGGGUGACAGGCGUCCAUUUGUCAUGGAAACUGUAAAGGCAGAUGAUAAAGCUAAAUUAGGCAAAGGUCCGUCUCAGACAGCCCCAAAAUUCAUUGGUGACUUAAUAGCGUUCAUUUUGAAUCUAAUUGGUCCAAAGGGUCUUGAAUUCGCUCGUUAUUCCUUGGAUUACCACACUAUCAGAAACUACCUUCAUGUAAAUCGUGCUUGGGGAAAACAAAGAGCUGAUAGGCACAUACCAUCAUAUGCAAAGAAACUGGUAUCGAUGUACAACCAAAAUGGAGAGAUUGAUCAGAUGCUUUCUGCUAAAUGAUGAAUUUUCGGAGCCAGAUCGUGGAAUUAGUGUGCCUUUCCAUGUUAUUUUAUGCAUAUUACAACAAGACCCUCAGUUUCAGAGAAUUUACACUAUGCUCCCUACAGUUAUGUUUUACAUUAGAAAUUCCUCUUGAAGAUGGGAUAACAAGAGGUAAAAAUCCGUGACGUAGAACAUGACUGCAGGGAAUGUCAGUCUACUUUCCGAAAAUCAAGAGGUUCGUUUGUAAUAUGUCUGAUCCUUAAAGGAUGUCCAUGUAAUUACAUCUCUUUAUACCAUUUUCAAGUGAAAGAAGUGCAGCAUCCAUAUCCAAGACGGAAAAAGUAGAUAGAGAUGAAAUGAUUCUUCACUUGGACCAGAUUUUAGGUGAUUGUAGAAACUGAUAUCCCAACAGGAAGGGGGGCCUGAAAGAUCAUAAGUUUAGAUUUUUAAUUAAUGGGAUAAAGAUAUGUGAACAGAUUCUCUCAUAUAGUUUGCUGUUAGGAAGUUAGACAAAGAAGAAUAAAUGUCUCUCCAUCCAUUUUGGGCAGGUAGCUGUGAGAUUUAGAAAUGGAGAAUGAAUGUUAGUAUGUUUUUUGACUUGGGAAGUAGAGAUUUUUGUGGAUGUAAGGACUUUGA